AAAAUUUAAGAAUGAUAUAAUGGUACUUCACGACUGUUCGCCUAUUAUCGGUCUUGCGACUUUUUAUUGUUGUCAGCCGUAAAUAAAUAAGAACUUCUUCGCUUCGCUUUUAUCUAAAAUGAAGUGAGAUUAAGAACUCAGUUGUAAAUAAGUCACCACAAGAAUUGGUUAUUUUGUUGUAAAAGUCAUUGCUAAAACAUUAAAAAUGUCGAAAUUAUUUUGUCAACUUUCGAUACUAUUGCUUUUUGCCUCGACACAUGGAGUGCAUAUUGAUACGGGACGUAACACGCAUAUGAUUCAUUGGAAUCAUGACCAGAACGGUAGAGAUUGGGAAGGAUUAUGCAAAACCGGAAAAAAUCAAUCCCCCCAUUGAAUUGACGAAAAGAUUCAGCGAACCUAAACGAUUACCAAAACUAAAUUUUCGAAAUUACUUUGAACAUUUCGGGGAACCAUCAGUAUUGAAAAAUACUGGGUAUUCAUGCAGCUUUAAAAUUGGGAAAACAAGAUUUUCUGAAAAUUUAGAAGUAAGUGGUGCUGAUCUUAAAGGUACAUACAUAGCGGAAGAGCUUCAUUUCCACUGGGGAUCCAUGGUCAGUAAAGGAGCUGAGCAUAUAAUAAAUGGACGGCGCUACGAUGUGGAGAUCCAUGUGGUUCAUCGUCGUUCAAUAUACAAUACCAUGCAAGAAGCUAUUUUACAUCCCGAUGGAUUAGCUGUAUUGGCGAUUAUGAUACGUAUUCCAGAUUAUCGUGAAAGUGGAAAUUACACAGAUACAAGGCAUAGAGAUAUCCAUAGGAAUUUAACGACACUUGGUGACUUAGCGCCACAUUCGCAUAAACGUUUCCUUCUAGCACGGCCAUCCAUCGAAGAAUUUUUAAGGCUUCUUAUUCGAAUCCGCGAAUAUCAUUCGACAACAUUAGUACCCCCAGCUGUUACGGUUGGAAGCAUCCUCAAGAAAUUGCAAAUACAUAAUUUUUAUAGUUACCAUGGCUCGUUGACCACACCGGAUUGCCAAGAGUCUGUCCAUUGGAUAGUAUUUCGGGAGCCGUUGAUUGUGAAAUUAAAUCCAAUUUUUAAUAUUUUUUUACUCCGCAAUGUAGAUCGAAAGAACGUAUUGAACAACUUUCGAGUAAGUCAACCCAUUUACAAUAGAAAAAUUAUAUAUAACAUUUAAUCUAUAGUUAAAAAUGAGUUUUCUAUGUAAUUAUUAUUAAUAUUAUCAAAAUAAAAUGUAAAAAUUUUUUUAACUUUUCAUUAAUAUCAAAUAAAAUCUAACCAAUAACAAACUGCAAUAUAGGAAAUGUCAAAGUUUCUGAUCUGUGCAUUAAUAAUGAAUUUCUUGAUUAAAUUUAAAGAUUUAUCACACUCUUAGAUUCCAAAUGUUUUGUCUCGCUGCCAUCAACCAUAGCUAACUAAUAAUUACAUGCACUGCACACUUAUAGAAUACGAUAUUUUCAUGUCAGUUGCGUGCAAGUUCCCAAAUCGAUCGGUUGUAUAUAUAAAUAAAAAUACUGAUAAAAAAGAAUACAUUGCAAAUGUUUUAAAAGACUUUUAAACUUUGCCACGAAGCAUAGAAAAUAUAUUCCAAUCACUCCAAUGAGUACAUUUUUGUUAUGAAUUGAAAAAGUGAAUUCAGGAACAUUAACAAGUUAUUUUUUUUUGCCAUUUAUGGUGCAGACUUAUAUGACACAAAUAUUGUGAAUAUAUAAAAAAAACCCUAAGCUGCGUUAAGUGUGAAUUUAAUAUUCAAAACAGUAAAAAGUUCCCCCAUCGAAAUAUAAUAUUUAAAGCACGCCCCAUAAAUAUGAUUAACAGUAAUAUUAUCAUAAUAUGAAAACUAAUUAAAUGCGUAAUAACAAGAUAUAAAAAGUGUUGCUUGAUUUAGUGUUUCUUUUGCACGUUUUCGAACAAUUUAAUAGUUAACUAUUAUUCCCACAUAAUUAGUGAAACUAAUUGAAUUAUUCUUGGAAAGCAAGCAUUAAUGUCAUACAUUAAAAAAUAUACUUUUUUCCUAGAAAAUAAGAGAUUUGUUUUACAAAUCGAUGAUUGACUUCGUUCACCUCUAGAUUUGUUAAAUUUCUCAAUUAAUUGAAUGCAAAAAAAUUACGAAUAUCAAAACACAAUUUUUGUUCAAAACGUUUUCUGGGCAACUCCAUAAUUACAAAAGCCAAUUAAAUCAAACUUGCACAGUAUGAAUACAUUUUAUGCAUUAAAAGCGAAUUUUUUUAUUACAAAACAACAAAAGAAAUUUACAAGCAGAUUGUUUAUAAAUUAUGAAAACGUUGGACUAUCAUAAUAUUUUCGACUGCAUAAUAAUAAAAUGAAAAUUAUAAUUAAUUAAUGAUAAACAAAUGAAAAGCGACUGCAGCAGACUGGACACAAUAAUAUUUAUGUGCCUGAAAGUACACUUUGUAAUCAAGUUGUGUGUUUAAAACUGGCGAAAAACAAUUAUAAUUACAAUAGCCAUAAAUGUUCAUGACCAAAAGUAGACAGUAACUCUUCGUUGUGUUUUUAUGUGUGUUUGUAACACUAGAGUUAAAAGUCACUUCCAUUCAUGUGCAGCACACUUUUGACCAGGAAAGCAGACAACAACAUAACGGAUGCUGUUAAAAACUCGACUAACUAUAAUGUUAUGCACUCUACUUAAGAACUCGAAAAAAAAUAUGGUGAGGGAAAGAGUGAGACAAAAAAAAGGAGAACAAUGGCAUAACUGUGAAUUUAGAUUACUCAUGAUGAUUAUGGGCCAGGCAAACAACCGUCAUGCCAAAUGCCGGAAACCUCAAGAGCCAGCGCAAUUCAAUGCACAACAAAGCGCAUUCCUUGAUGGUCCUUUAACGAUCUCAAAUUUAGCAUACGAAAAGCAACUUUUUCUCUUUGCUUCUUCACCUUCUGCUGCUUGUAGUAGGCGCACUGUCAUAAAGCUAAAAAGAAACUGGUCAAAAAUAGAGAAGCACAAAAAAAAAAAAAAAAAAAACUAACAAAAAAAAGAGAACAAACAUAGAACCAACAGUUUUUAUGGCUCAUAUAAAGCAAAAAGCCAUUGCACAUAUUACAACACGAGCAAAGUUUGGAAGAGUUUUAGUGGCUUGCAUUUAGUUCUAAUUGGCUGAAAGCAUAGAAAGCUUUUGGCAAUUCAAACUAUAUGAGAGAGACAGAGAACAGGCAAAAAGAGAAAAGGCACCAGCGUGCAGUUAAAAGAAAUUGAAGUCCUAAAGUGCCUUAGGCCAGUUUAUUCACCUCGAUGUAGUACUAUAUGAAAGGAAUACAAAAUGUUAUUAUGUUGAUGGGGAUUGAGGGGCAUGUGCAUGCUUGAUUCAUAUGCAACUAGAGCAUGCAUUAUUUGCUCGGGCAAUCUCUAUUGCAUUCUGACUUCGCCUAUAGUCAUAAAAAUGAAUCAUAAGGUGUUAAUCCCUGCUACACUCUAAGACGUGAAAUGUUUCUUCUACACAUACUAAAUCUCUGUCAAUUUAGUUGCUGUCAUUCUAUGCACUGCAGCGAUGAUGCUUUCAGCAUAUAACAUAUUUGAUCCAUUAGCAGGCACUCAAGAGCCAUGUAAAUGCUAAUACGAGUUACUAAGCGGCUUGUCAGUGAGUGAAAGCCACAUCUCUAAAAAAAGCAGGGAUAAAACAAGUUAAACUCAACGAAAACUUCGUCUUAAUGUCCAAGUUAAGCGCAUUUGCGACACUCCAUCAAAUGUCAAUUUGAUUUGGCACGCAUUUAAUAUUGAGCUUUAAGAUUACGUAUACGUCGUGUUUGACCGCAAUACACAGGAGUUAUGUUUGCUGCUCCCGCUGCCGCUGCUGUCGCUGAUGCUAUUGCUGCGGCUCCUUACCAACAUAAUUAAAAUUGUGGCUGAAUUAUAAAUGGCACCUGUGGCGGUUGACCGCAGCAAUGCGCACAUUGUCGGCGCGUUAAGUCCUGUGGCCUGUGUGUUGAGCACUUAAAGUAACCCUUGGCACAAUUGUUGACUACGAUGCCACAAAAGAAAAUAAUCCAAUGAAACAACAAUAAUAACUGGAACUACUAGUUAAAGUUGUCUGCUGCAACAUUUCAGAGUAUAAAUUUUGAGAGCAGUACAUUAACGGGUUACAACCUCUGAAGCAAGAAUUAAAAAAACAA